AAUUUGAUCAUCAAAGCUUGUGAUAGCACACUGUACAAGGAACUGUGCAGAAGAACCCUUCAAAAUGACCCGGAAAGCCGUGCUGCAACUAGUUUGGAAGUCCUGGCCAAAGUUGCACUAAAGCAUGCAACAUCCACAGCAACCCAUAUACAUGACCAAGUGAAAAAACUGCUCAAAUCAUCGAGCAAGCCGAUUAAGGUUGCCCUGGCAGAUUGCAAUGAGCUUUACCAAGAUGCACUUGAACAACUUGAUGACUCCAACACUGCCUUUAUAACCAAGAAUUACGACAUUAGUACAUAUGUGUCGGCUGCCAUGGAUGAUGCUGACACAUGUGACCAAAGCAUCGAGGAAAUGGCACCCGGCAAGUCUCCAAUAGGCAGUCAGGGCACCACAUUUAGCCAGCUUUGCAGCAUUGUCUUGGCCAUUGCCAAGCAAGUGAAAUGAAAGGGCCACUAAUCUGCUGAUCUCUGUCUGCUCUCAUACUCUAAACUAAAUUUACCAUAUUAAAUAAAAUCCCUCCACUAUACAACUUGUUUUACUUGAUUUCAAACAUGUUUAAUGCCAAUCUUUAAUAUUUUCUCAUGUUUAACCGUUUGUUAUAGCACAAUCCAUGGCCUACAAAUUCGUAGGAGAAGAAAAAAGAAAGAGAUCAGAUUGAAAGUUAUAUUAUGUUACAGAGUAUGUCCCAAUGUGCUGCAAAUCAAAUUCACUGUGGUUAAUGGGUUUUUUAAAAAUAAAACAAUCAAUACAAACACACCCUUAAAAAUCAGAAAAACAGACGCCACUAGAUGAUAUUCGCAUCGCCAAGAAUUCCCACAAAAUGGUAAAAACCAAUUCCUUAAUGGGUUUGAGAGAAAAAUGUAAUCCAAUUACAUUGGAGCAGAUCUCCAUGGACUGAUAAAGGAGAAAGCUCAAGCAGAAAGGAUUAUUAGCUUGUUUUACGCACACAUAAAAUCCUGGAAACCAUUUCCUCGGAAAACAGGUUCCCAAGAAGAACUAUGUGCGAAUGUUAAAACAAAGAGAGACAAAAUAAGGAUAAGCAAAUGAACAGGAAUCAAAAAAUCAAAGGGAUAGCAGUUAUAUAAAAAAAAUAAAAUAAAAUAAAAAAUUAAAAAAAGUGCUCUAAGAAAUGGAUUUUUUCCAGUCUAUUUUGUUCCAAUAACAUCCUAUCAUUAGAGCCAUGUGGUAAAAGAAAUUUACAAUUAAUCUUUCAAACACUCAAAACCACUUUUAUAAUCACAACCAAAAAAUAGAAAUUACCAUCUGAAAAGUUUUUCCAAUGGAACCAGAGUCAACGAAACAAACCAAAGAAAGACAGAGAAGGGAGAAAGGGGGGAAGGGAUUGGGUAUCACAAAACGAUUCUACCCUGAUAACGAUUCCUUGAUAAAUAUAGCAAAUGAGAUGAAGGAAGCACCAUUGUUGUUUCAGGUAACAGAAACAACAAUGGGAAAAUAUGUCCCCAUGCUAGGCAACUUGGGAUGCAUUCAGCAGCUAAGGUGGGCGCUGAG